AUGCAACUACUAACGACUGACGGCCUUGUCUCCCGCGGUGGAGCACUACAGUGUUCUCAGACUCUUGACGGGUCUGAUCCUGUGGCCGUCGUGGGCUUCUCCUUGAGAUUCCCCCAGGAUGCCACCUCCCCGCAAUCCUUCUGGGAAAUACUCCAAGAAGGUCGAUCCGUCACAACAGAAGUUCCUUCUGACCGAUUCAAUAUAAAUGGCUUCUACCACCCAGAUGCGUCUCGAAAUGACACAGUAAACGCGCGGGGUGGCCAUUUCUUAAAAGAGAAUGUGGCAGCCUUUGACGCACCAUUCUUUUCCAUGAGCCCCGGUGAGGUCGAAAGCUUGGAUCCGCAGCAACGGGGCUUGCUGGAGACAACCUACAGGGCCCUCGAGAAUGCUGGCAUUCCCAUCGAAAGAGCAGCGGGCUCCGCCACCUCCGUCUAUGUCGGGGCGUUGGGAGUGGAGUACAACCGAUUCUUCGAAUUUGACGAAGAGGUCCAGGCCACGUAUAAGGCUACCGGUAACUCAGGAGCCAUCUUAGCGAACCGGCUGAGUUGGUUCUACGAUCUGCGGGGGCCGAGUAUGACCAUUGAAACAGCUUGCUCGAGCAGCUUGAUUGGCCUGCACCUUGCCUGUCAGAGCCUUCGCUCGAAGGAGUCGCGAAUGAGUUUGGUAUGCGGCUCACAGCUCUACCUGGAGCCAAUGACAAGCGCGAUCUCGCUCUCCGCUCUGCAAUUUAUUUCUCCUGACAGUCGCUGCCACAGCUUUGGGGCUGAUGGUAACGGGUAUGCCAAGGGCGAAGGGUUCGGCGUCCUGGUACUGAAGCGGUUAAGUGAUGCUAUAGCUGAUGGCGAUGUAAUCCGAGCGGUGGUCCGAGCGACUGCGACGAACCAAGAUGGGCGCACUCCUGGUAUCUCUCAGCCAAGUCAGGCAGCUCAGGAGAUGUUGAUCCGAGAGGCGUACCGUUCGGGUGGUCUGGAUCUCGCAUCCACCCGGUUGUUUGAGGCCCAUGGUCCGGGAACGAAACUAGGUGAUCCCAUUGAAGCAGGUGCCAUCAAAUCAGUCUUCCAGAAACAUCGCAGCCCGAACGACCCCAUGCACAUUGGUGCGGUGAAGGCCAACAUCGGCCAUCUAGAAGCGACAGCUGGUCUGGCGGGUUUGAUCAAGACAAUUCUGAGUCUGGAGAAAGGCAUCAUCCCCCCGAUAGCUGGAUUUAAAGAGGUCAACCCUCGGAUUCCGGCAGAUGAAUGGAACCUAAAGUUCCCGACCAAGCCGCUUCCGUGGCCCACAGAUGGUCUCCGACGGGCAUCGGUCAACGCAUUUGGCUAUGGAGGAUCGAAUGCCCACGCCGUCCUGGAUGACGCAUACAACUACCUGCGGGAGCAUGGCCUCGAAGCACACCACGUCACUGCAAAAAGACCGCCCUCCUUGGCCAUCUUAGAGAAUGGCGUGUCCAAUGAUGCCACCAAUAGCAUUACCAAUGGCCACAGAAAUGGAUAUACCAAUAGCCACGCUAAUGGCCACACGAACGGUCAUGCAAAUGGCCAUACAUACGGAGACACAAAUGGCCACGCAACCAAUGGCUAUAACAGACAUGAUGGAAACGGCAUGACCGUGUCUAACGGUACCGCGUGUGACGAAGCGGAAGAAACCCCAUACGUUUUUACCUGGUCUGCCUCCGAUUCAAACGGAAUUGAGCGACUCGGGGCAGCAUAUGAUGGCUACCUAAACCGAAUCGACCCUCAUGACGCAUCGGAAGACCUCUUGCGCGAUCUAGCAUACACCUUAUCCAACAAACGCAGUGUUCUGCCGUGGAAGUCUUUCGCGUUGGCUGGAAACCUGGGAAGUCUCAAGACGCAGGUACAAAAUAUGCCAAAGCCCGUGCGAUCGUCGACAAGCCCGCGCAUCAAUUUUGUCUUUACCGGUCAAGGUGCACAGUGGGCGCGAAUGGGUAUUGAGCUUCUGAAAUUUGAGACAUUCCGGCAAAGCAUUCUAAAAGCGGACUCCUAUCUUAAAGGAGUCGGAAGCUCCUGGUCGCUGAUCGAAGAGCUGCACAAGCCUGCGGAUUCCUCUCAAAUUGAUAGCCCGGCGUUAGCACAGCCGCUAUGUACCGCUCUGCAGGUAGCACUAGUGGAGCUCCUUGAAGGCUGGGGUGUGACUCCCUGGGGCGUGGUGGGCCAUUCGUCGGGAGAGAUUGCCGCUGCAUUUUGCGCAGGAGCAAUUUCCCGUGAAUCAGCUUGGACAAUUGCCUACUUUCGUGGAGCACUAGCUGCUCGGGUAGCAGAGUCAAAAACUGGCGACCGGGGGGCGAUGAUGGCUGUUGGAUUGUCCGUAUCCGAACUCCAGCCUCAUUUCGAUGAGAUCUCGGCUGUCCAUGGCAAACAAUGCCUGUCAAUCGGUUGCAUCAAUAGCGCCAACAACAUAACCGUGACAGGAUUGGACAAUUCUAUUGACGCCCUCAAGGUCCGCCUAGACGAGAGGCAGGUGUUUGCCCGCAAAUUGAAGAUCCCAGUUGCCUACCACUCUUCUCACAUGCAAGUGAUUGCCGAGGAAUAUAAGAACCUUUUGCAAGGUAUUUGCCCACCGGACCAGUCCUCUCGCAAAGGAGAAACACCCGUAUUUGUUUCAUCAGUCACAGGACAACCUGUUCCAGUCAAACAGCUCUCUCUGCCCCAAUACUGGGUGAAGAACCUCGUGUCAACUGUCAGGUUUUCUGAAGCUCUUGGUGAACUGUCUCAAGCCAGCCGAAAUGCAGGGUCCAACACGCAAGUAGACCACUACGUUGAGAUUGGUCCACAUGCAGCUAUGCAAAGAGCGGUGAUGGACAAUGUGCCUCAAUCCGAAAAUGUCAAAUAUGACGCAGCGAUGCGACGAGGUGUCUCCGGACUGAAAUCCUUGCAGCAGCUGUCCGGGAAACUCUGGACUGAAGGCUACCCUGUCAAGAUCGAAGCUGUCAAUAGUCAUGGAUCGAACCGACCGGCGAAAAUGGUAGUUGACCUACCAGAGUACCCGUUCAAUCAUUCCCAGACUUACUGGCUCGAGAGUCGACUGUUCAAGAAUUACAGAAUGCGCGACAAUAUUCGACACGAGUUAGUAGGCAUUCCCACAAACGACUGGAAUCCGCUUGAGCCGAAGUUCCGCUUCACCAUUCGGGUAUCUGACCUUCCAUGGCUGACAGACCACCGGUUGAAUGGAUCCCCGGUCUACCCUGCCGCGGGAAUGGCAGUCAUGGCUAUCGAGGCUGCUAGGCAUCUAGUCAAGCCUGAUCAUGCAGUUAGAGGAUACCGCCUGCGAGACGUAAGGAUAUUCUCUGCCUUAGUUGUCCCUGAGACCCCUGAAGGGGUAGAAAGCCAGAUCUUCCUACGUAAUGCAGAGAACAGUCGAACCACUGGUGUCCAGACAGUCGAAUGCAGAGAGUUCAACGUAUAUGUGUACUCGGACAAUGAAUGGCGGGAGGUCUGCGCUGGCUCUGUCGUCACGGAAUACGAAGAGACGCCCGAUGAGGUGUACGGAGGCGACGAGCGAAGCCUGACGAAGAAUUAUUACCAGACAAUGUACCAACAAGCAGUUGACCGUUGCUCAGCGACGAGUACUCAGCAGGUCUUCUAUGAUGCUGGUCAUAAGAUUGGGUAUGGCUUUGGUCCCCUGUUCAAUACUCUUCACGACCUAGCCUACGAUCCGGAAGGGGACCAAGCCGUGGCCGUCGUUGAGCCUGAUGAAUGGAGAGGUAAAGUUCCUGAGAAGAACUCUCAAGUCCAGCCGCAUAUCAUUCACCCCACAGCCUUGGAUGGGGUGUUCCAAGUUACGGCUGUGGCGACCACCAAAGGUGGAACAGAACUUGGCCCAUUGCAGGCACCGACUCAAUUGCGAGAUUUCUGGAUCUCGCAUGAUCUGUUUGAGCGCAAACCAUCCACAAAAUUGAAUGUUCUGGCGCAGACCACGCUACAAGCAGCACGAGAAACCGACUCAUUCAUUCUUGCCAUCAACUCAGAUACGGGAGAACCAGCCAUUGUAAUAGAGGGCUAUCGAGUGACAACCGUGUCUAGCCUUAGCUAUAAGCCUUCCGAGAAACGCAACAUCUUUUACAGGCUCGAUUGGAAGCCUGAUGUUGACAUUAUUAGCAGCUCGCAGACGGAGGCUUACUGCUUAGACAAAGAGACAAUACCCGUUCAAUGGAAGCCCUCUAAGAAUGUGGUGACUCUGCACUACAUGUCGGAAAUGUUGAAGGAACUGGAUGCUCAAGGCUACGAGACCUCAUCCCCAUACUUCCAAAGGUACUUGGCCUGGGUGCGAUAUCAUUUCGACCUUUUGGGGGACAGCAAUCCUCUUCUCCAAGCACCAUGGAAAGAUAUUUUAGCGGACAACAGUCGUCGCGAGAAUUAUUUGGAGGAGUUCGCAGCCACAGGCCCGGUUGAGGGUGCGGUUAAUUCGUUCUGCAAGCACCUUGCCGCAAUUGUCCGCGAAGAAGUGGAUCCGUUAGACCUUCUCUUCAAUCAAGGUUUGGCGAAGGACCUGUACAAGGACGAGAUUUUCGUGACUACCGCCAAGCGGAUGGCAGUAUUCAUGGAUCUCCUUGCGCACAAGAACUCCAAGCUUGAUAUCCUUGAGAUCGGUGCUGGUACUGGAAGCGGUACCCAGCAAAUCCUGUCGGCCUUGGGAAAACAAGGUAGCGAUCAAGGCGUGACUCCUCGAUACCAAUCCUACACCUUCACCGAUAUCUCUCCUGGGUUCUUUGAAAAGGCCAAGGCAAAAUUCGCCGACCAUGUUGAUCGCAUGACUUUCCAGACAUUGGAUAUCGAGCGCGAUCCAGCUGAGCAGGGUUUCACACCGGGUGGAUACGAUGUUGUAAUUGCUGCCACUGUGCUGCAUGCUACCCAAUGUGUCAGUGAUACUCUAAGUCAUGCCCGUUCCUUAUUGAAACCAGGCGGCUACAUAAUUCUCAUGGAGCCAACCAAUAAACAUGACACCGUGCUUAAUGGCAUCUGGGGAACACUUCCAGGAUGGUGGAGAUCAACCGAAGAGGACCGGAAGUGGUGCCCAUUGUAUUCUCGGGACGAAUGGGAUCACUAUCUGAAACAGACCGGAUACACUGGGGUGGAAAUGGCAAUCACCGACUUCCCAGAUGUCGAGAACCAUACACUCAGCUUCCUCCUCUCUCGAGCAUCUCAUGAGGAACCGAGCCAGGUUCAACUUCCGGAUUCGCUCUUUAUUGCUGCCGAUACCGAGUUUCAACUCAAGGUUGCCGAAGAAAUUGCUUACUACUUCUCCUCGACGUGGGGGAAGCAAUGUGAUAUCCUCAAGCCUGUUGCUAUCUCCGAGCAAACAUCACAGUCGAAUGUUUGCCUGUCACUUCUUGACCUGGGACGUCCGUUCCUAGCGGCAAUGAGUGGGAAGGACUUUGCUCGCUUCAAAAGACUUGUGGACUUUUCAAGUCACAUCUACUGGAUAACAACCGGUACUGAUGUGAACGCUGCACUACCAGAAAAUGCAAUGAGUUCCGGUUUUAGCCGAGCUGCAAUGCUGGAGAAGCCUGGCCUUUACUGGGCUAAUUUGAACAUCCAGGACAUAGCCUCUGCCGGCAAGACUAUUUGCAGUGUCCUUCAGCGCUCAUGUGGCGCGUCCGGGGUUGAGGACUGGGAGGGCGAUUAUUGCGAGACCAGCGACAUGACGCUCAUCCCCCGCGUGGUAGAAGCCAAUGAUAUCAAUGAUUAUGUCUACUCCCAGACUGGUGACCGGGACAUCGAGCGAAGGCAGCUUGCCAGCGAGCCACAUGAGGCUCUGGAAAUACAGUUCUCUCCUGGGCAGCUUGGCAGUUUCCGGUACGCCAGGGAUGAGAUUCCAAGUAAGCCCCUCGCAGAAGACGAGGUGGAAGUGACAGUCAAGGCCACGGGAGUCAACUUUGCCGAUGUGAUGUGUGUACUUGGGCAGAUUACCGACUCUUACAUAGGACAUGAAUAUGGGGGCGUUGUCCGGCGAGUUGGUUCAGCUGUAAAAGAUCUGGCACCUGGGGAUCGCGUCUGCGGCAUGGCCUCUGGGACAUUUAAGACGUUUGUCCGGAACAAGGUUCACACCACCAUCCCUAUUCCGGAUCAUAUAGCAUUCACCGACGCCUUCCCAGCGGUCUGGCUGACAGCGCUGUACGGCAUCACACACCUGGGCCGCCUUCGUAAAGGCGAGUCUGUACUCAUACACGCAGCCGCGGGCGCUGUGGGUCAGGCUGCCAUCCAGCUGGCACAGAAUAUCGGUGCCGAUGUGUUUGUGACAGUCAGUUCAACAGUCAAAAAGAAUCUUCUGCAAGAGCGUUAUGGAAUCCCUGACGAUCGUUUCUUCUCGAGCCGAAAAUUGGCAUUCGGUAAGCAGAUCCUGCGCGCAACCAACGGUCGCGGUGUCGAUGUCGUCCUCAACUCAAGCUCGGGCGAGGCGCUCGCUGAGACUUGGAAAUGUGUCGCGCCUCUGGGACGGUUCGUCGAGAUUGGAAAGCGAGACAUCUACUCUUUCCAGAAGCUUGCCAUGUAUCAGUUCUCUAAGAACGUCACCUUCUCAUCACUUGACCUUCAAACGGUGUACAAGAAUCAUCCAGCUGUUAUUAAGCAACUAAUGAAUGAGCUACACGAGCUGCUUUUUGCAAAGAAGCUGGGUCCUCCUCAGCCGGUGACACAGUUCUCGCGUGGGGAAUUUGAGUCGGCCUUCCGCUACCUUCAAACUGGCCGUCAUAUGGGCAAGGCAGUGAUCAACUGGGAGGAAGAGGCGGAGGUCUCAGUGGUGCCUAGUAACGACCCGGAAUAUGUCUUCGACUCCGCGGCCAGUUAUAUGAUUGCUGGUGGUCUGGGCGGUAUCGGCCGGAGUCUAUCAAGGUGGCUUACCACUCGAGGAGUCAAGAAUUUGAUCUUACUGUCUCGCUCGGGCGCAGUUUCUGAUGAUGCCAUCGAGCUAGUAAAAGAGCUUACAGAACGAGGCGUCAAUGUGGCUACUCCCCAGUGUGAUGUUAGCAACGCCGAGUCUCUGGCGAGCGCAAUCAGUGAUUGCAAACAGACAAUGCCUCCAGUCAAGGGAGUGAUUCAGGCCUCUAUGGUACUUAAGGACCGCUUGUUUGACAACAUGUCUCUGGCAGAAUGGCAGGCAGUGCUCGACCCCAAGGUCGCUGGAACUUGGAACCUUCACCACCAACUUCCAGCAAACAUGGACUUUUUUGUCAUCCUAUCUUCCCUGGGAGGUAUGAUUGGGUCGAGAGGCCAAUCUCAGUAUAAUGCCGCCGCGACAUUCCAGGAUGCAUUUGCUCGCCAUAGAUGGGCACACGGCCAGAAAUGCAUAUCUAUUGAUGUCGGUCUACUCACGUCUGUUGGGUACGUGGCAGAACAGAAGGACGUAUCCGAGCGGUGGGUCAACGCCGGUUUCGAUGCCCUGUCCGAGAAAGAGCUUCACAGUGUUGUGGACUGGGCUUGUAAUCCUCGCCUGAAUGUGUAA